AACAAUCUUUUAGUUUCCCUUAUUCUCCUGCUUAUUAGAAGAGCAGCAAAUAUAUUGUACAGCAGUGAGGAUCUGUGUGAGCAGUCAUGGACGGGGGUCUGUUUGUGCUGCUUCUGCUGUCAGGGCUCUUCUGGAGCAGUUCUGCUCUUUCUCGUCCGUACUUCUAUAUAAAUACAGCAAUGUCGAGGCCAGAUGCUCAGAGUUACUGCAGAGAGAGAUUCACUGAUCUGGCUACUGUAGACAACAUGGAUGACAUGAACAGGCUGGUGAAUAAAGUGGAUGCUGGAUACAACGGAUCAGUGUGGAUUGGACUGAAGAAGCGGACACAGACACGCUGGAGUUGGUCUAAUGGAGAAAACAUGCUUAAACAGUAUAGAAAGUGGAAUACGGGACAUCCGAACAGUGAAGGAGAAUGUGGAUGUUUUGCCUUUGGAGUUUGGCAUAGCUAUCCAUGUUCAUCACACUUACACUUUGUGUGCUACAGUGGAAAUACUGGAUACAUCAGGGUACAGAAGUGGAAGAACUGGACAGAUGCUCAGAGCUACUGCAGAUACUUUUACACAGACCUUGUCACCAUCCAUAACUCCCAGGAACAAAACCAGAUAAAGAAACCGAUUCUGGGAGAUGGUCUCAGUACAGCUGUGAUCUACAGCAGCCGUUUAUCUGCUAUGGAGAUAAGUGAAAAGCUGAAGAGCAUGGGCCUAGAAAGUGAAAGCAAAAUAAGCUGGAGAAUGAAGGAAGAUGGAGAGACUUUCUUCCCCGGUCAAAGCACUUUCCAGCACCUCUUCCAGAGAAUUGAGGUAAGACCUGACCACCAGGUGCUCGCAUGCCAGCCCCAACCCCAGACCUGGCUCCAGGGUGGGGCCCCGGCUGUGCCGUGCCAGGCGACGUCACGAGCCAAUCACAGCGAUCUCCCUCACCUGAGCCACACCUGCACCCCUUCAGGGAAUCACAAUGAUCACUAUAUAAGCACACACCACAGUUCAGUCAGCGUCUGGGCUCCUAUGCAUGAAGUGGACUGA